AUAUAUUGCAACUACACAACAAUAAAAGGUUCUGGCAGGAUUAAGUUUUGCAGCCCCGAGCUCCUGUGUGCGGCAAGGCGGGCUAUCGGUGUGUUAUCAGCGGAUACCAACGUGCUAAUCCUGGCUCUGUAACGCCCCGCAUCGAAUUCUUGAGGCGGCACCACCAUAUAUUCCGCAUUCCUUCCCCUGACACGACCGACCGACGCUCUGCACGCCAUGUCCGGGGGGGGCGUGUGUCCGUUCCGGCUGUCAUGGCGGCUGGUGUACUAUGCAGGGCUGACGGCGGUGCUGCUGGUUGUGGCGGGCGGCCAGGGGGUGCUGCUGGACGGCUUCAUCCUGGCCCACCACCACACCUCCUCCCUCACCUACUUCUGGCUUCUGCCGGACUUCCUGAUGGUGUUCCCCUUCGUGGCGGCCAUGAGCAGCGGCUACAGGCGGGGCCAGGUGUCUCAGCGGCGGCCCAGCACCUCGCCGCCACAGCCCCGGCCGCCGCUACACGUGCAGAUGCUGGGGCCACGUGCCGAGCCGGUGCUGGUGUGGGUGGCCUAUGCGGCGCUGCUGGUGGCCAAGGUGGUGGUCAUCUUCCGCUCCGAGAUCCCAAACAUGAUCGGCAUGGAGGACUUCCUCAGCCCCCAGCUGCUGAAGGUGACGCUCUCUGCCACAGCGCUGGUGUUCGGCCUGCUGGUGGAGGGCCAGAGCACCUGGUCUGCCACCAGCCAGGUGGAGGAGGACAGGGAGGCCUACAUCCGCGGCCUGGUCCACGGCACGGCGCUGGAGGCGCUGGACUCCGUGGACUUCCUGUCCCUGCUGAUCCAGUCUGAGUCCCAGCUGGUGCUGCCGCUGAGCCUGGAGCAGCUCAUCCUGGCCCUGGCCUGCUUCAACCUGCUGCUGCCGGGCCUGACGCUUGUCAAGCUGUCCCACGCUGACUAUGGCCACGGGCGGCUGGCGAGCCGGGUGCUGCCGCUGGUGUACAAGCUGACGCACCUGUGGCUGACCAACGUGUCCUUCAUGGUGGUGCGCAUCUACCUCUGGGCCGGCCUCUCCGCCUCCGUCUCGCCCUUCCUCGUCAAGAACAUCUACCACAUCUUCGCCGUCAUGCGUGAGGUGUGGCUGGAGGGGCGGGCACUCUGUGGGGACGGGGCGGCCUGCUACGGGUGCCCCCGCCGCCGCCGCCGAGGCCACAGGGUGUACAGCGACAAGCACGGGGCCUCGGCACUCAAUGACGGGGGGAGCAGCCGCGGCGGCGGCGAGGAGAGGUUUGAGGAGAUUGACCUCAAGGAAAAUGACGGGAAGAGUUAGUGGUGGUGGUGGUGGUGGUAUGAAAGCACUAUUAUUAUUAUUAUCAUUAUUAUCAUUUUUUAUUUUAUUAUUACAGUCGCCCCUCAAAUAGUACGGUUUCCAAUAGUUCGGUUUUGGUUUUAUACGGAUUGUCAUAGAAGAUCUUUUUAGGAUUUUUAAAUUUUCUGCUCAUUGGGAAAUUCAAAAAUCCUAAAAAAAAUCUAUGAAAAUCCACAUAAAACCGAAACCGAACUAUUGGAAACCGUACCAUUUGAGGGAUGACUGAAUAAUUAUUACUUUCAUUGUUAUUUCCUAAAGGGUUUUGUACAUUCUUCAUUCCCUUCACUCAUCUCUGUCAAGCGUCCCAAGUCUGUGUACAUUUCAGGAGUGGCUUGGAAUGUCCACUCUGCUCAGUCACUCUAUCUACUAUUACCACCAUCAUCAUCGUCACUGUUCAGCCCGUCACUCCUCGGUCCGGUAAUCUCAUCAGGAAAUCAUCUUCAGCCACAGCGAUUCGAGUAUUGGACCGGAGUGGCUUGUGAGGAGAGUGGCAGCAUGUGACUUAUAUUUCGGUCACUCGUGGGAAAUAAGUCACAUGCGUCGGUGCUGUUUUUGUGUUUUUUUUUUGCAGUGGCUUGUGAGGAGAGUGGCAGCAUGUGACUUAUAUUUCGGUCACUCGUGGGAAAUAAGUCACAUGCGUCGGUGCUGUUUUUUUUUUUUUUUUUUUUAGUGGCAUGUGAGGAGAGUGGCAGCAUGUGACUUAUAUUUCGGUCACUCGUGGGAAAUAAGUCACAUGCGUCGGUGCUUUUUUUUAUUUCAUUUUUUAUUUUUUUACAGUAAACGGCUCAAGGGUAAAAAAAAGAGAAAACAACCAAUAAUGAAAAAUGAAUGAAGUGGCAGCGUGUGACUUAUAUUUCAGUCACUCGUGGGAAAUAAGUCAUGCGUCGGUGCUUUUUAUUUAUUUUUUUAUUUUUUUCAUUUUUACAUCAAACGGCUCAAGGGGAAAAAAUAGAAAACAAUAAUGAAAAAAAAAAUCGCGUACGAGGUGUGAGGUGCUUCAUCGAGUGUCCGGAGCUCAAAUUAGUGUAUCUUGGGUCCCGCUCCCCGUGAGAUAUAUGUCGAAAAAAAGGUUGUAAGAUUAUUAAUAUUUUUAUCGUUAUUAUUAUUUUUAUUAUUUCUAUUAUUAUUGCUGAUUUGUACCUGUCUCCAAAGAUCUGUUUUUUUUUUUUAGAAUUUUAGUUUAGUCUCUCGUUUUGUCUCCUUGUUUUCUUUCUUCCUUCCUUCCAAUCUUCAUUUCCUUCUUUCUCCUUUCUUUUCUUUUCCUUGUUUUCCUUCUAUUUCUCUGUCUCUCAUUCUGUCUCUGUUUCUUUCUUCCUUCCUUCCUUCCUUCCUUCAUUUCCUUCUUUCCCCUUUCUUUUCUUUUCCUUAUUUUCCGUCUAUUUCUCUGUCUCUCAUUCUGCCUCUGUUUCUUCCUU